AUGAGGCUCCUCCUCUUAGCCGCUCUCCUAGCCCCCGUUCAAGCCAUCGUGAACGACUGUCUCCGCAAGGCCGACCAUACAAAGAUCAAUGCCCUCUUCAGCAACGGCGGCCCGGGAACCAAAGUCUACCUGUGUCCUGGAACCGAGGUGGCGCUCAGCGGCACCAUCGUAUUCACCGCCGCGGAUCAGGAACUUGCGACCUUUGGCUAUCCGGGAGAUGACCGACGUGCCAAGCUCCGCAUCGCCUCGGAUGCCGUGGCAACCGCCAUUCAAGGCGACUGCCGUCGUUGCGCUCGCGUGGCUGUGCGCAACCUCGUUAUCGACGGGGCGCGGCGCAAGUACGGGCGCGUGCGCGAUCCUAACAGUUCACCAGGCCUCGUGAUUCUCGGAGGAAACGAGGGACAGGCUGUGCGCGAAUGCGCCAUCUCGGACCCGCGCGGGUUUACUGCGGUACACGUCCGCGAAGGUGCAAAGCUCAAUUGUCAAGGCGCCUUGAUCGAGAGGAACGAAAUCACAUCCGUCGGCGAGGAGUACGACCCGGCGUACGAUGGAACGGACCCCGAGUCAUCACCAUGGGGCCGACCACUAGCCGACGGCAUCAGCAUUGCAUGUCGAAACUCGGUUGUGCGCGACAACCUCCUGACCGACUGCACCGAUGCCGGCAUCGUCGUCUACUGCUCUCCCGGUACCAAGAUUGAGAAUAACCGUGUGUCGACCGAACGGCGGAGCGCGAUCGGCGGCAUCCUCCUUGUCGACGCCCAGCCCUUUAACGGCGACUACUCUGGCGUUAUUGUCAAGGACAACACUCUCGACGCGUCGGCACGAAUCAUGCGUAUCGGCAUUGGCCUCGGCUUGAGUAUCCUGUCGGACGACAUCGAGACGAUGCUCAAGGGCGGCAGCGUCAUCAGCAACCGCCUCACCGGAGACUAUAUGGGCUACGGUAUCGCGGCUGCGGGUCUGCAGGGAUGGACGAUCAAAGACAACUUGGACGAAGCCCGGUACGAGGGCCAGCCUUCGGACCGGUGCUUCGAUGACCCCAUCAACCCCCCACCACAAGCAUUCAUCUACAACUCGGCAACGCUCGACAAGUCGACAGUGCAGGACGGCUUCUUCGACUCAGACUUUGCGUACAUCGUAUGUAUUGAUGGCCCCGGAGAAGCACCAUUUCGCUACUCAGCUGAGAGCGAACAAGCACCCCAAGACUCCUCUGACGGAUCGGAACACGAUAUCUCGGCUCCAGACGAACACGAGCCGCCACAAUCAGCCACCGAAGCACGGAUCACUGAUCCAGGACUGCCACCACCCGAAAUUCUUCCGGGAGGCCUUCUCUCAACGGGUAACAGCAUGCUUGACGGCAUCCUGCUGCACUCGCAGCAGCGCCUCCUCGACCGCAUCGAUGAGAUCACCAGCGGCGUGCACGUGUCAGUCACCCGCUCAUUGUCCAUGGCGCCACCAGCUGGGGACGCGGUUACACUGCAUGCCCGCCUGGCUGAACUCGAGCACUCGCAGGCACGCUUGCUCUCAGCCACGCAUGACGUGCACUUGGCGCUCAGUCGCCUCCGCACCAAGACCCACGAGGUGGGGCUAUGGGAGAGCGAUGUCCUUCUCUCAAUCCAGCAGGAGGUUGAGCCCAUCAAGAAGCGUGACCAAGUCUUGGACGACCUCGAAGACGACGGGAACGCGAGUGUGUUCGACUUGCCGGUCCGAGUAAUCCUGCUCGGUGGAUGUUGUUCAGCAGUUGCACUAGCCGUCCGCCGCUUCCGACGGCCGGUACACGAUAAGAUCGUGUGA